AUGGAAUCGGAAUUGGAGAAUCAAAUUGGUGCAACAUUUGAGGAAGAUCUUGAUCAGAUGCUUCCUAAAUGUGACAUUAUCCUCAUCAAUACCCCUUUAACAGAUAAAACAAAAUUAUUGCAAUGUGAUAUGGUAGUGACCAAGGAGACCUCAAGAGCUAUACACAAAACGGUACAUGUUCUUCUCAUCUCCUUUUCUUCCUUCAAAUUCAUUAUCUCCCUAAAGCACCACCGCAGAGCAAGAAACCCUCUUCACAAGGUGUAG